UAACAAGUUCCACUAUCAUCUUCCAUAAAACAAACUUCACCCCUCUUCUCAUAACAACAAAUCAUACAUAAUAAUCACAGUUACUUAUAUAACACUCAUAUUAUAUUACAUUAACUCACUAUUUUCUCUACUAUGGAGUUAAGCUCGGGUACAUUGUUAGAGAUCACCGUUAUAUGUUGUGAAAACCUUCGUGUGACGGAGGACCCCUACGUGGUGGACAUGCCUCUGCAUGCACGCUCCAUCACGUUCGAGGUUCAAAGCAACAGGUUCAAGGGUCUUCGACCUGUUGGGGUGGCCAGAAUCGCACUUUCCGAUUUUCUUACGCCGGAAAAUUCCAUGCACGUGUUGAGUUACCGAUUGAGGGACUGGGAAGGGAGGAGAAACCGGGUGAUAUUUUUCGCAGUGAGGGUGGCGGUUCCGGAACCGGUGAAGAGGAUGGUGGUGAGUAUGAAUUCCGGUGAUGAGUUCGUGGAAAUCAACCAGUCUAAUGAAGUUGUAGUUGGUGUUCCGGUUUCGGUGGAACCACUUCACCUAUAAUUUUUUUUGACAGCAAAAAUAAUUAUAAAUUUAUAAAUUUGUAUUUGU